AUGUCAAUUCGAACAGCGACGAGGCGACUAUCGCUACGAUUCCACAACGGCGCUUCCGUAUGCCGCCGACCAUUCUUCACACUACCCAACAACAACGGCCAGACGCUGACUGCGUCGAGAACGCUACCGUAUAGCCAAGACGAGCUCUACAAGCUCGUCGCCGACGUGGACUCGUACUCGCAAUUUGUGCCUUACUGCGCCAAAUCGCGCGUCAGGCAGUGGUCGGCUGCUGAUGACGCCGGCCGCAAAUGGCCAACUUUGGCCGACCUGCACGUCGGCUGGGGUGGCCUCAACGAGGAAUUCACCAGCCGUCUGCACUGCGUGCCCGGCGUCUCUGUCGAGGCUGUGAGCGGCGAUCCAGCCGGUACGUCGUCGUCGACUGAUGCGUCGGCGGUCUUCAAGAGCCUCGUCACGCGGUGGUCGCUGCGUCCGCUCACAGCGCAGCCGUCUCCAUCCACCGAGGUCAACCUGAGCAUCAAAUACAUAUUUACCAACCCCCUGUAUGCGGCUGUCAGCGCCGCCGUCUCGGACAAGGUUGCGGCUCUCAUGAUUGAAGCAUUUGAAAAGCGGGCAAAGGAACAACUUGGUCACCGCAGUCGAGUCUGA